AUGUCGACCUCACAGGCCUCACUAGUCGCGCCUCGCAGCUCUCCUCUGCAGUGCUACGCGCAUGUGUCCUCGCUUGACCUCACGCACAAUGCGCUUACAUCGAUUGCCGGCAUCGAUGCCCUACGGUGCCUGCGCUCGCUGCGACUCGCGUUCAACAAGCUGACUUCGCUGGCGCCGCUCUGGGCGUCGCCGUACGUAGCGCAGCUCGACGUGCUCGAUGUGAGCUCGAAUGAGUUAACGGAGUUGCUCUCCACAGAGGAUGUGCACGCCUUGAAAGGGCACCAGAUUCGCAUCGUCACGCACCCCACGCAGGCGCGCAGCGCUGCCCAUGGGUGCCCCAACGGCAAGUGGAGCGUGUACAAAACGAUGCGGCUGCGGGUUCUGUACGCGUCCGACAACCGAUUCUGCGAGGUGCCGAGUGCGAUCUACACCUUCACGCAGCUGACAGAUCUGCGGCUGAGCAGGAACGCGAUCGAGAGUGUGCCGGACGGCUUUCCGGUGCGGGCAUGUCUGCCGCAGUUGACGCGUUUAGAUUUGAGCAUGAACAAGCUCCCUGCUGCCAGGGUCGAGUCCGUGACAGCGCGCACCGAAGAGGUGGCAGAGUCUCCGCACCAUCGUCAUCGCACAUUAGCCGCAUCGCCGUCAUUCACACAAGUAAAAGGCGCCCGCCGGGCUUCGGCGCACCGUUCUCACGGGAGCACGGACCCCUCGGUGGGUGGACAUACUGCCGCCCUUUCUUCUGCACCCUCGAGUGCAUUGAAGACUGGGGACGGCGCCUCAUCGGAGGAGGCGGGGAGUGGCGCUAUGCACGGCGCCGAGUGCAGUCGUGACAUCCAGUCGCGUCUGCCAGGCGGAGUCAAAGAAAACGGUAGAGCGGCGACGGAGGAGGAUGAGGGCGUUUCACUGAUCAAUGGCUCCGGGCAGCGCCGCUCAUCGGCCUCUGCGGCCAAGGUGGCCGAUAACGCGGAGCCGGACGAAAGCCGAGGCACUCUGCUCCAGGUGAAGGCAGAUGCCGCGGUUUCACCUCAGCCGCCGACCAAAACGCGUCAUGAGAGUGCCUCAGUCAUAGCGUUCAGCCCGUCCACGCGGAAGGCGACCGCCUCUCUGCCCCCCACGACGCCCGCCAUCUCUACCAUAUCGGCUCGGAAGGCGCAGCAGCAAGACGCCGUCCAAUGCGUAGCCGAGAAUGUCUACAGUAUAGAUCUCAGCCGGUGGGCUGCGGUGGUGCGUCGACGGCUUGAGGAGGCGGUGCGGAGAUCGCCUGACAGCAACGCGAGUGGCGCACCGGGAGCCACGUCAACGUGCUCCAUGCACGAGCUUCUGGUGUCGCUCUCCGACACUCUCGGCGGAAACAGCAGCGGCGUUGGUGCAGCUGCGCUGACGCGCCAUCGACGCCGUUCGGUGGCCACAGCCCGCACGAUUGCAGCCCUUCUGCAGUGUCUGCCAUCGCACUCCCUGUUCUACAGCGAAGAGGCCCAAGUGCGUUGCCCGCCUCUUCUGCUGCUCACGGGAAUAUCCGCUGCCGUGGCGGCCGACGAAAGCGAACUGCUCCUCUACGAGGUGUUGGCCCUUCACAUUGUGCACAACUGCCUGUGCACUGCAAAGAGUGCCCCCGGUGGGGUGAGCCCGCCGUACGCGGCAUCCACGGCCUCCUCUCUGACCGUGAAUUCGUCUGACGUGAUGUCGCAGCAAGCGAGCACGUACGAGAGCAGCAGCGAGCCACUCCUCCGCGCCGAAGCGCCGGCGGCCGAUCGCGCGAUCAGCGGUGAACUGCCUCCCCUACGCCCAGGUAGCCCCGGAAGCGGUCGAGGUGGCGGCACGGCGCGGCAGCUGAAUUUCGCUGUGCCACUGCAAGCUGUUCACGUGAUUGCUUGCACAGACGCUGCAGCCACCCCUCACAGCUCCGCGUCGGCCUUGUGGGCCUAUCUCACCUGGCGGCAGCGCUGGGAGGCCGCCGUGUCUCGCCGCCGGUUCCCGAACAAGAGCGACUACGUCUGUGAGCUUGGGAAGCAGUCCGCGGAUGAGUCUGCGCCGCACCCGCUGCCGUCUAACACUCCGUCGGUGACGGCGGAAGCGAACGGCCGCGGCACUCCCGCGGCACCGCAUUGUGCGACAGCGAUGCCCCUUUAUCCCUUCACUGCGAACCCUCUCGUUCCACGUGCAUGGGAGGGGCGCGCGUUGCACGAGUACAGACCCGGGUCGUACUGCGCAGUGCCGCCUGCGUGGGAACUCCUCUACGAUCUUCUUCUCCGCCCAUCCACGCCGGAAAAGACAGCGCUGAAGCGACUGCACGUACCUGCCGUGCCGCCACUGUUGGCCGGGGUGGGCAGUCGUAUGCAACACGUGCGCGGCAUACCCGUCUCUCUCGCGUGCGUGCUACUCUGCGCCGUCGAUUCUUCGGGCUAUUCUGGGGCAUCGACGAUGUGCGCAUCUCCGACAUCGCCGGUGCUGCGCUGGCCUACGCAGGGCACUGGAGACCCUGCCGCUAGCGGCGCUGGCAACGGCACUUCCGCGAUCACCGCGUCCCACGCCCCGUGUGAGAGCGUCAUUCACCGCGCUCUCCAGUGGCGCCAACACAGCCAGCAGCUGUGGAGUCAUGUGGAGAGAGAAGUAAGCAUUGUCGCCGCGGAGCAGGUUACGUCGUGCAGCAUGCCGCUGUACAGCGCUGAGGAAGUACUUCAGAGCCAGCAGGCGGCCGUUGCCGCACUGAGCUCUCCGGACGCGUAUGAUACUUGCCUGCAGUGCGAGCUGUUCACGCAGAACGGCGUCUCAGAGGGGGCGCCUCAGACACAGUUUGGCAGUCUUGCUUCGGUGAAGCCGCUAUCGCAACCGCGUCGCUCUGCCUCGAGCGCUGCGGAAUCCUGCUCCACAGAGACAUGUGAAAGCGAGGCGGCAACCGUCACAGACAGGAUCAUGUGGUGCCGCGAAAGUGGAGGGAGCAGCAGACCCUCAGUGGUGGUUGGCGCCGAUGGCGGGAGCUCGCCAGCUGUUGCAGAGGAUGCGGUGAGCGGCGAGUCAGAUGAGCUAAGCAGCGUUGAAGCACAAGACGCUGCUGACGCAGCCGUGAGAUUCAACACGGCGUCCCGAUGGCAAUGCAGCGACGGCAACGGCAGCGCAGAGCCUUUGAUGGCCCGCAGAGAGUGUCCCGGCGGCUCUGUGAGAGCUGACGAGUGUGCGCCAGUGUAA